AUGUGCAGCAAGAACACCCUACUGCUGGCUAGCAUAGCGCUGGCUACUCUUUGUCUGCUGCAAUACGGAGAGGCGUUGCCCUCGAUCGGGCACUAUGGCAAGCGAUUUGAUCCCAUGGGUGGCAUUGAUUUCAUACAGAUUUGCCUCAACAAUUGCGCUCAGUGCAAGAAAAUGUUUGGAGACUACUUCCAGGGUCAGACCUGCGCCGAGUCCUGUCUCAAGUUUAAAGGCAAAGCGAUCCCCGACUGCGAAGAUAUUGGCUCCAUAGCGCCGUUUCUUAACGCGCUCGAGUAGAGCUUUCAAAGAUGCGGAGACAUCAUAUUAACAGUAUAUAUAGAUAUGUGUGUGUGUGUGUGUUUAUUCAUCGCCUGUGACUCAGACGCGUAUUUGGGUCAAUGCGAUGCGAUGCGAUGCGAUGCUUAACACGAUCUUGGCUGAUGACUACCACGACGACGACAACGACGACACUGAAACUGGCGCUUACUAUACGAUUUAAUGGCUUUAACUACAAUGCUUACCUAGAGUUUCCGGCAAGUCCUAACAUGGCUUUGCCGCACAACACGCAACUAAUGAAGUUCCUAUAGCACCUACUUAUAUACAUACUUAUCUGAAUAGUC